AUGGCGCUGCUUUUCAUCGAGAUUCCCGCUGCUUCUUUGGUUUUUCAUGACGGCAAUUGCCUGACCCAAGGGCUUAACUCGUACGAUACCCCGGGACAGGCCGCAAAAACUCCUGCCUGCAUGAUGAGUUUUCGUGUCAAGGAAAGAGAAAACGGUAUAAAAAGGUACGAAGGCCAUAUCAAAGCUUCUUUCGAAGAUUCAGUUGUUAACCAGGUCAUACGUACACCGUUCCUCAAACGAUCCAGCACAAGCAACGAUAAUUCAACACAAACUCGCGAUUUUGUAAACCAUUUUCAAGAUUCUCUCGUCUUCGAGUGCGACAACACGCUCAUCUUUUCGGAAGAGCCCUCUUUCGAGCCUGAGCUUAAAUAUAAAUCUGGAGGCGAGACUGCAUCUCGGAACCACGCCAUUUGCAAAAGCCCCGGCAUCCGCGACUCCAGUUACCACAGUCCUCCCAGCGGAGCUCAAAUGGCCGACUUCAACAAGGAAAACGUCGAUGCCAACGGCCCCAAAAAGCGCGUCCGUGCCUCACCAGCCCCUGACAUUGCUCACAACCCAUCACAAGACCUCUCUCCCACAUCCUCCAACACGUGCAUUGUGCCACGGAAGCGCGUACCGCCGGGCUCAUCAACAACAACACAACUUGGCCCGGCUCACGGCAACAUCGCCAACUGA